GAAUUAUUGUACGCAUUUGUUCCCAUUUUCUUUAUUAUAAUUGGUGAAAGUAAAUAGGCCUACCCAGGUUAACACAACUAGGUGGCGGUAAUGCACCACCUAGUUGUUCGCCAACCGCCCUAAAACAUAAAGAAGAAGCAGAGCGAUCCGCGGAGCUGCAGCGCAGCUGCAACGGUGAUUCUGAUGAGGCGCUAGGAGGAGACGACAUUUCCCCAGUUCUCUACUCUGUCCUGUUGGCACCGGUCUCGAACUCUUCGGUGCUCGUCUGUGCGCCCUCUCCCUCUUCUUUUCUGCAUAUAGGGCUAAAGCUAUAUAUAUAUAUAUAAGGCAGUUGUUCUGCCGCCGUCUCGACUCCCCCACAAUAUGUCCUAUUAACACAGUAACAUUAGUCGACUGCCAUAUCCAUGCAUUGGAGUCCCGGGCCCCUGCGCUCCGGCGGCUCCGCUCCAGCCAUGUCGGUCUGGAAUACAGCGGCCAGCGGCGGUGACAGAUCGGGAGACGACCCGGCAGAAGAGGUGAUGGUUAAAGAACACCAAAGUGUUUCUUUGCCCGGCGCGAUGGCCUCGUCCUCAGCUGUUGGCAUGACCGCUAGCAUGGAGAUACCCCGGAAGCGCAAGGGCUGCAUGGACAACCAGGAUACAAAAUCUGUUUCAAUGGAUAUGGAUAUGGAAGAUAUGGAAGAUGAGCAAAACGGAUCAGAUGAAGAUGAGAACCGGCAUCUGAAAAUGAAAUGCUUCAGAGAGCCGCACAGCCAAAUUGAGAAGAGGAGACGGGACAAAAUGAACACUCUCAUUGACAAACUCUCAGCCAUGAUCCCUUCCUGUAACCCGCUGUCCCGUAAAGUGGACAAACUCACAGUGCUCAGAAUGGCCGUGCAGCACCUCAAAUCUCUCAAAGGUUCAUCAAGUUCUUUUUCUGAAGCGAGCUACAAGCCGUCAUUUCUUCCCAAUGAGGAGCUCAAACACCUCGUCCUCAAGGCUGCAGAUGGGUUCCUGUUUGUAGUCGGCUGUGAUCGUGGGAAAAUAGUUUUUGUCUCAGAGUCCGUCACGAAGAUAUUAAAUUAUAGUCGGGUGGAGCUGAUUGGACAGAGCCUGUUUGAUUACAUUCACCCAAAGGACAUGGAGAAAGUGAAGGAGCAGCUGUCAGCUUCUGAAUUAUACCCUCGUGAACGCCUGAUAGAUGCUAAAACGGGCCUGCAGGUCCAGGCUGACCUCCCGGUCGGAGCAGCGCGGUUGUGUUCAGGUGCGCGCCGCUCAUUCUUCUGCCGCAUGAAGUACAACAAAAUUUCGAUCAAAGUGGAGGAGAAGGAAUUCCAAGCAAGCACCUCCAAAAAGAAAGAGUCGCAGAAGUACUGCACGGUCCACUGCACAGGCUACAUGCGCAGCUGGCCUACCAGUCAGCUGGGAGCAGAGGGGGAGGAGCCAGACAAGCAGGAUAGCUCCCACUUCAGCUGCCUGGUGGCGAUGGGCCGCGUCCACUCCCACUCAUCUCCCCCGGUUAAUGGAGAGGUCCACGUUAAACCCACAGAGUUCUUCACACGUUGUGCCAUGGAUGGCAAAUUCACCUUUGUCGAUCAAAGAGCCACAACCGUUCUUGGUUAUCUUCCUCAAGAAUUGCUCGGGACAUCAUGCUAUGAGUACUUCCAUCAAGAUGAUUUACCUCAUUUAGCUGAAAGGCAUCGAAAAGUGCUGCGGAGCAAAGACAAAAUAGAAACAAACUGCUAUAAGUUCAAAACUAAAUAUGGCUCUUUUGUCACUCUGCAAAGUCAAUGGUUUAGUUUUGUAAAUCCCUGGACCAAAGAAGUAGAAUACAUAGUUUCAACUAACACGGUUAUAACAUGCGAUCACAGUCCUACCAGUCGAUCCGGAAACAAGUCUGAACAGUCGAGCAAUUACAAGACUUCUCAGGAAGAUGUCAAUAAGUCCCUUCCAGUUAUACCAGGCAGCUCCACCACACCUGGAGCAAUGAUUUAUGCUGGAAGCAUUGGGACCCAGAUUGCCAAUGAGCUGCUGGAUUACAACAGGAUGAACUCCUCUCCUUCCAGUGGGAGCGUCAGCCCGUUCAGUCUACCGCACGACAAGUGUCCGCAAACUCCCAAUCAAACCAGCAACAAUAUGCCAAAUGGAGAGGCAGCCGGUUUGGUGAUUCCAGGAAAGUCCAGCUCAGCGGAUGAGCUCAAGGGAGCUGCAUUCUCAGGGGCAGAAUCAGUCAUGGAAGAGAACUCCCAGCUGGAUUUGGACAGCGUGGUCGGACCGGGCCUUAGUAGCCUGGGCAACGACGAAGCAGCCAUGGCCGUGUACAUGAGCCUCCUGGAGACGGACACAAACGCGGGCGAUUCUGUGGACUUCGAGGAGAUGCACUGGUCUUUAUAGAAUCUGCUCUUACAGUGUGACGCUGUCGCCCUGCAAAGAAACACUUCAACGCUUUUCUCCAAGACAUCAUUCCGUUUUUGUCAAUGGACUUUUUCAUUGAUUAGUCACCUCUUUGAGUGGCUGCUCUAACAGGGAGCGGCAACAAGAGACACCUUGUUGUCCGAAGAAGGAUGUUCCUCUCAAGCCUUCCGGCGGUUGCCCUGAAACACUGCUCUCCUCACAUUUACUGCCAUCCUCUGUUUAACUGAGGAGGCCUCAUAAGGUUGAAGAACCCAUGAACACGUAUGAUAGUAGCAUGAUGGACAUCAUGAUGGCUCUGGACUUUCUUCACCACCUACAACUAAACGGGUUUGGAGUGAUGAUGCAAAAAAUAUAUAUAAUUGCACUGAAUCGAUUUUAUGUUUUUUUUUUUCUUAAAGGUUGUAUUUUUAUUACACUAGAUGUUUAAGUCAAAUGCAAAGAAGACACCUGUCCCAUCUGUGUUACCCCUCAGGAUCCAAGCCGUUGGUAGCCAUCGUUGACCACAGCCGACCACACUUCCAUAACCUCUAGCUUUGAGUCACAGAAUGAUGUGCCGCUCAGAGAUUUCCUCUUCAGUAUCUGAACAUUCUCUGUUAACACAAUCCAGCAACCUCCUAUCUUAUACACUGACUUGAAACAACUUUAUGUGUGAAUUUGGUAUGAUUACAAACACCAUGUCUUCAAACUACAUCUGUCUUAAAGAGAUAGUUUGUGUGGAAAGUGUAUUUUAGUAUGUAUCCUUGUAUAGACAUUAAACCCUCAAUGUUGGCUGCCCUUUAUUGAUCUCUAAGCAAGAAAUAUUUAUUGUCAGAGAUAAUUCACCGACAUGCAUUUGUCAGAGAGCAGCCAGUUUUGAUGGUUGAACAUUCAUGAAUCAUUAUGACGUUCGGAGCACGACAGUACGACUUUGUGAAAAGUGAAACUUUGGAGGUGCUAAAAUUUGUCAUCAAACCCUUUCACAGUUGUGACAUUUUAUCAAUACAUGCUUAAGGUUGAUUGCUGAGUCUGAUGGCAGAAGUGUUAACUCAGGAAAUGAUGGAAACCCAGCAGCCCCAUCUAAAUGUAGAAUGACACAGUUCUGAGUAACCAUAGCAGUAUUUUAAAGUUGUACAUACUUCCCUCAAACUAUAUAUUGAUAAAGACUCUGUACUUGUGCAUCUUUGUUCUUACACUUAUUGUCAGCUUUAUAAUCUUGCAGGUAAGCCAUAACUUUAACCUCUCUUUUGUACAUACUACGCACUGACAAUUUUAAAACGACACGGUCAUUUGUAUUUGCUUUAUUUGACAAACACAAUUUUGUCCCGCAUACAUAUGUAAAGGGAUUGUGUUAUGCUACGCUUGUAUUCCAUAAAUUCAAAAUGUUACGGUAUGUUCCUCUCUAACUCCAUGUGAUUGUCCCUCCCUUAUCAUGCAUGACUCGCUCUCCAAGGGAGAUGAUGAUGAUGAUGAUGAUGAUGCUGCUGCUUCUUGAACUUGUUGAGUCACGGACUUGUGUGGAUCCCUUUUGCAAUUUACCUCAUGCAGAAUUAUUUUUUUGUGCUCAUUUUUAAAAUUGCAAAUCUUGGAUUUUACUAACAAAACAUUGACAUUCAUCAUGUCAUGAUUAAUACAUAGUGACACUUUGUUGAGAAUCAUGUUGUAGUUAUUGGUGAAUAUAAUGUACAGAUGUAGAAUUACCCAAGUAUGUCUAAUUAUUGUCAUGUCAGCUUGUUGAUGCCAAAUAAUACGAACAUUUUCGAUAACAAUUAUUGUUUUGGCUAGUGUAAAAAUUAUUUCAUUAUGGGCUUGUUUGAUACCUUUUUGACUGUUUAUCACAUUUGGUUUUCCUGCAUGAUUUUGAAUUGUGUGAACUCCCAGAGUCUCUUUGGGAGUGCACGGAAAAAUAUAGGGAGCACAUGACAGCUUAAUUUUAAGAUUUAAAAAAAAAAAUUGUUAGACCACAUGUCUGUGUCUUGCCCUCUGUCAUCUGAUUCUGAACCUAAACCAGUCAAAUGAUCUUUCAAAAAUAACCAAUGUUGUAUUGGCACCAAAAUAUACAAUACAUGGAACUGUGUAGCUUUCAUGCCAUCAUUCAUAUUGGCGUCUCGGGACACCUCAAGAGGACUGUUCAGGCUUUUGCACCAAGAACUCUUGAAGACAUUGUUGUGAAUCAAAGAAACCGGUCUUCUUUUAUCUAAUACUUGAAUAACGAGCCAGUGGAUGGACCAGCUGAGCUCACAAGGAGCCUCCUGCCUGUGUCCGAAGUGCCUUUGGACAUGUCUGCUCAGAUACUCGAUAAACCCGUGUUGCUUAUGUUGACCUCCUCGAGCCCGGCAACCUGCGCAGACUGGAGGGAGGGCCAACAUGUAUCAUUGGCUUGACUUGACGCACACUACACAUCAUACAGGGGAAGCCUGUUCACAGAUAAAAGAGGAGCUGUCGUACAUGUCAGGCCUCACUCACAACCUAACCAAACAAGCAGAGCUACGGAGUCGUGCCGUAGACACAGGCGGGGCUUUUUAAAGGCAUCAAGUCCAUUUUGUAUUGUUAUGUUUCCCCUGUUCUUCUUGCUCAAUCAUUGUACUCUUGUAGCUGUGAUUUACCCCUGAAAUCUUAAACAUUGCUUCCUCUUCAGUGUAAUUGUUGGCGACUGAGUGAUCAACCUUGCUGGGAGGUCACAUAUGUUUCCCUUCUGUCUCUGUUUGUAAUACAACAAGAGUUUUUAAGAACGGGAACAUUAUGUUUUGAUUUGAUGCCUUGCUUUCUUACUGGUUGCAUGACACUUUUGAACAAACAAUGUAUUAUUAGUUGCAUCACUAAACCUGUCAAGUUGAAACAGAGUGAUUACACACAGUAAGAAGGACAUGCAUCUUGUAUUGGGUUGUUGGCAGCAUGUUACUGCCUCCAGUUCAUCACUUCUUGCCACUCUAUGAGUUCAUUAUUGUUGUGCCCCAGAGAAAGAUCUACCGCAUAAUGUACAUUGCUGCUAUUCUAUCAACAUGUCUUGUUAUGUUGCUAAUAAAUAUUAUUUUACCAAACCAUCAA